GACAGAUUGAGGAGGUGAAUAAAGUCUGUUCAAUUGAGCAAGAAGCAGAAGAUAGAUUGGCAGUGUGUAAAAGAGGAAGCAAAGAUUUUUAUUUUUUUAUUUUUUUAAAUUAUUUCAUGGAGAUGUUACUAUUUAACUUUUUGUGUCACAUUUUGUAAUCCAAAAUUAUUUUUUGUUAGUUUCUUCUACUCUGGAUAUUAGUAGUUUCUGGUGUGUGCUUAUCCACCUGAUAGUUCGAUUUUGAAGUGAGUGUGUGUGAGUGUGUAUUUGUGUGUGUGUGUUUGUGUGUGAGUGUGUGCGUUAUAGUAAAUCAUGGAACUGGAGCGUUUGGGCGGUGGUGGGGUUAAACCUGAGCGUGGCAACAGUCAUCUCUACAAGAUAGCACUGGCCAUGUGUGUGUGUGUCUGUGCUGCCCUGCUGCUUGCACUCAUACUGGUUUCUCAAAGAUCCCAUCAGGAGGAGUUCUGUGUGACCCCAGAAUGUAUUGAAGCAGCGGGGUCUAUUUUGAGUAAAAUCGAUCGGUCUGUUAACCCCUGUGAGGACUUUUAUAGUUUCUCCUGUGGGGGUUGGCUAAAGGAGAACCCGAUCCCAGAAGACUCCUCCUCUUAUGGCAUCUAUCCAUGGCUGAGACAGAAUGUCGAUGUCAAACUCAAAGAGUUACUAGAAGCUCCUUCAGGCCCUGAUGAACUGACGGCAGUGUCAAAGGCUAAGAUUCUCUACCGCUCCUGUAUGAAUGAGGCUAUACUGGAGCAGGUGGAUGCCAAACCGAUGCUGAAAACGCUUAAACAGCCAGAGUUUAGGUGGCCUGUUGUGGGGGAUGGGCAUGGCGGGCAGUAUCAGUGGUCUCCGGAGCAAUGGAACCUCCUAAAGACACUGGCAGAGUUGAGGAACCGACACAGUAAGAGCGUCCUGAUUCGCCUGUAUGUCUCCCCAGAUGACAAAAACUCCUCCCACUACAUCAUCAAGCUCGAUCAGGCAUCCUUGUCUCUGCCCUCCAGGGAAGACUACAUCACCAACACUUCCUCUUCCCAGGCGUAUCGUGCAGCCUUGCUGAGUUUGAUGGUGGAUACAGCCGUCAUGCUGGGCGCUCCAGAGAAAGCAGCACUGACCCAGAUGGAAAAGGCUCUUGCCUUCGAGACCAAACUUGCUCAUAUUCUGAUUCCCUAUGAAAACCGCACCAGUGAGAACAUGUACAACAGAUACACACUCUCCCGCCUGCAGCGCCACAUACCACAGUUUGACUGGCUGGGUUUUGUGAAGACUGUUGUGGAGUCUAAAAGUGACCCGGCUCGGUCCAUCUCCUCUUCUGAGCACGUCAUCGUCCGAGCUCCGCAGUACUUUAAGGACCUUUUCAAGCUCAUUAACACCACAGAUCCCAGGACUGUUGCUAACUACGUACAAUGGAGAACAGUUUUUUCCAGGAUCACCACUCUGAGCCGCCGUUUCCUCUACAGAUACCUUGACUACGCUCGGGUAACCACGGGAACCACCUCUCUGACCCCACGCUGGGAUAAGUGUGUGAACUAUGUCGAAAACUCGCUCGUUUACGCCACCGGGCGCCUUUUUGUCAACACACACUUCCAGGAGGACAAGAAACACAUGAUGGAGGAGUUGAUUCAGGGCGUUCGCUGGGCGUUCAUCGACAUGCUGAAGAAAGAGAACGACUGGAUGGAUCAACCAACGAAAGAAAGAGCCGUAGAAAAGGCUCAUGCUGUACUGGCUAAGGUCGGCUACCCUGAGUUUAUUCUGAAUGACACCUACCUCAAUGAAGAUUUAAAGCAGCUGGAGUUCAAUGAGACGGACUACUAUGGGAAUGUGAUGCAGACAUUGAAGUUCAUCGCCCAAGCCGACAUCGCAUGGCUCCGAAAGAGUGUCCCACGGACAGAGUGGUUCACAAACCCCACAACCGUGAACGCCUUCUACAGCUCCUCCACCAAUCAAAUCAGAUUCCCUGCCGGUGAGCUUCAAAAGCCCUUCUUUUGGGGGAAAGAGUACCCAAGGUCUUUGAGUUACGGUGCCAUCGGGGUGAUAGUUGGACAUGAGUUAACACACGGCUUUGACAAUAACGGUCGCAAAUAUGAUAAAAAUGGUAACCUUGACCAGUGGUGGAGCAACUCGUCAGUAACAGGCUUCAAUGAGAAGACUCAGUGUAUGAUCGAGCAGUAUAAUGACUACCACUGGGAGGAGGCAGGGCUGAAUGUGCGGGGUAAGAGGACCUUGGCUGAGAACAUUGCAGACAACGGAGGAAUAAGAGAAGCUUUUAGGGCGUACAGGCGGUGGAUAGAUGAGAGCAGAGGAGGUGUGGAGGAGCCUCUGCUGCCUGGAGUUGGACUGAACAACAACCAGCUGUUCUUCCUGAGCUAUGCACAUGUGAGAUGUAACUCAUACAGACCAGAGGCAGCCAGGGACCAGAUACAGAGUGGAGCCCACAGUCCACCAAAAUAUAGAGUUAUCGGCGCGAUGAGUAACUUCCAAGGGUUCCGCAACGCGUUCAGCUGUCCUGACUCGUCGGCCAUGAACAGAGGCUCACAGUCCUGCCGUGUGUGGUGACCUUUGACCUCAGCUUGACUGUGAACCAUGCCAGAGGUGUCGGCAGGACGUCAGUUGAAAAGGCUGAUAAUGCUGGACUUAGCCAACAUAGUUUACAUGAUGGGGAGCAACACAAAAAUGAAGCACGAGUUGUUCUCACAGAAAUAUAAGCCCUAACAUAUAGACAUGUUAGGGUAAGGGUGGAAAUGUUUAGAGACUGAACCUAUUUUUAAUGGGUUAUUGUAUAUUGUUACUGCAACUAAUGUGUUACUUUUUUUCACUGGUACAUUUACUGCAAAUAUUGCAGCUACGGUAUAAAUUAUGACUGAAGAGAUUUUGGACCAUAGUUUAUGGAUUACAAAAAUGUUGGAAAAACUUAUUUGUUAUAAGCUCUUUUUGUAAAAACUGAUUACUUACUACUUUACCGUAGUAUUUUAUUUCAAGGUAAAGUUGCAAAGACUAGAUUUUUUUAGAGGAACAUAUAUUUCAGAUGUUACAGUAACUGUGGGAAGCAGAAAUAUAUCAGAUUAUCUUCUGCAUAUGUUCAUUAGCAGCUUUGUUGAUCAACUCCCCACACCCAAAACCAAAGAGUAUCAUAUUUGUACAUAAAUAUGAGCAAAAAAAAGAGCAAAAUACAAUAUAAACCUUCAAUUUACAUAUAUUACUAUUCAAAUUUAUUUCAUAUUAUAAUCUUUAUUUUUCUGCUUUUGCUUGUUUCUCUUGACAUAAUUGUUAAAGUGGUGUAUUUGUACUGCAGAUCAAGUAAAAUGAUAUCAACCUGGCAUAUUUUUAAGACUUAACGUGAAGUUAAGAUUACUACUACUACUUAUUAAGAUCUGUAUGUUUUGUACUAUGUGUGUGUUUGUGUGUGUGUGUGUGUGUGAGGGGGGGCUUUCCUUUGAUAAAUCUCUGCCCUGUUUUAGUUCCUGUCCCACUUUGUUUAAAUUCAAUUUGGUUUUUGUGUCAGACAUUUAUAUUCAUUCUGCUGCAGUUGAGCCUGAAGCAAAUAAGCUCACAGAAUUACAAGCACUCCUAACUACAAGAUGCACUCUGUCCAUUUGUCUUUCUGUCUCUGUUACUCAGCUGCACUGCUGGGUUGCACUCACACAUUAGCUUGUGAUAGUAUUUGGUAUCACUGUGGAAUAAAGGAGCAUUUUAACAAGUGAA